AUUCCUGGGUGAAGAGAGCCAGUGUGAAGAGAGUUUUGUAAGAACUGUAAGUGCCCAGGCUGUAUGGGAAACAGAAACUUCAGCAGAUGAACUGACCUUAUGCCAUUUCCUGAUGUUUGGCAGUGACACUGAAAGAGGAUCGCAUGUCCCCUCUUUAUGUGGAUUUAUCUUUUAUGAAAAGUUUGCUUUUGUCCGGGACAGUUUGUUGUCGUGAGAUACAUCAGACAAUAUAAUCAUGGGGCAAGCCGAUGUCUCCAGACCGGUAAAUCCAGAUGCAGUUGACUUCUCCAGAGAACCUUGGAACAAGGAAGCAGAUCAGCCCGCUACAGAGCCAGGCAUGGUCAUGGACAGUGUGGAAGCAGGAGACACAACACCUCCUACCAAAAGGAAGAGUAAGUUCUCAGGCUUUGGCAAGAUCUUCAAGCCCUGGAAAUGGAGGAAAAAAAAAAGUAGUGAUAAAUUUAAAGAGACUUCAGAAGUUUUAGAACGGAAAAUAUCUAUGCGAAAACCAAGAGAAGAGCUGGUUAAAAGAGGGGUUUUGUUGGAAGACCCUGAGCAAGGUGGUGAGGAUCCAGGAAAGCCAAGCCAUGCCAUGUUAAAGAAUGGCCAUACCACCCCUGUAGGGAAUGCUACAUCAUCUAGUCCAGUCCAAGUAGAAGAAGAGCCAGUAAGAUUAGCAAGUCUUAGGAAAGCUAUUCCAGAAGAGGACCUAAAGAAACAACUAGGCUCAACUGGAAGCCAGCCUAAUUCUGAAGCAGAGUCUGUUCCUGAGAAUGUACCCAAACAACCUUUACUUCCUCCCAAAAGACCCUUGUCCUCUUCUCAUGAAGCAAAUGAAGGUCAAGCAAAGGAUGCCACUUCCUCUGGCGGCAUGGCAAGGUUCAUCAUCUCCACCUCCAUCACCACAGCACCCGCUGCCACCACUGCUGCCACAAGCCUCGCAAAGACUGUUAAUCUGUCUGUCACUCCUUCCCCAGCACCCAGGAUUCUGCCUGCUACUCCUGCCAGCACUAACACUACUGCUACCUUAAGCCUCACUCAUAUGGUCCCUGCCAAGCAGCCCCCUAUCCCUCCCCCUAAACCAGCUCACAGAAAUAGCAACCCUGUCAUUGCUGAACUGUCCCAAGCAAUAAACAGUGGUACAUUGUUAUCAAAACCGUCCCCACCCUUACCACCUAAGAGAGGCAUUCCAUUGACCUCAGUACCCACCUUGGAGUCUGCUGCUGCCAUCACCACAAAAACACCAAGUGAUGAAAGAGAGAAGAGCACAUGUUCUAUGGGCUCAGAACUGCUAUCAAUGAUCUCACCUCACUCUCCGUCCCCGCCACUGCCUGCUCAUAUACCUCCAGAGCCUCCACGCACCCCUCCAUUCUCUGCUAAGACUUUUAAAGUUGUGCCAGAAAUUGAGUUUCCACCAUCCAUAGAUCUACACCAGGAGAUUCCCCAGCAGGAAGAUCAGAAAAAGGAAGUCCCCAAGAGGAUAUUGGACCAGAACUUUGGGGAGCCCCAUAUACCCUCUAGGUUGCCUCCACUCCCACUGCAUAUUCGAAUCCAGCAGGCCCUCACCAGCCCACUUCCCAUGACUCCUCCUCUGGAGGGUUCUCACAGAGCUCACUCGUUGCUCUUUGAAAACAGUGACGGCUUUUCUGAGGACAGCAGUACGCUGGGUCGGACCAGGUCUCUUCCCAUCACUAUUGAAAUGCUGAAAGUUCCAGACGAUGAAGAAGAGGAGGAGCAAACCUGUCCAUCCACAUUCAGUGAAGACAUAACAUCUACCUCAGUCAUUUCUAAAUUACCACAGUGUGUACAGGAGGAAGAAGAGAAGGAGAGCGACUCUGAUUCAGAAGGUCCCAUUCAGUACCGAGAUGAAGAAGAUGAAGAUGAAAGCUAUCAGAGUGCUCUCGCCAACAAAGUGAAGAGGAAAGACACACUGGCAAUGAAGUUGAACCACAGACCCAGUGAACCAGAGUUGAACCUGAAUUCUUGGCCUUGUAAAAGCAAGGAGGAGUGGAAUGAAAUACGGCACCAGAUUGGAAACACACUGAUCCGGCGACUGAGUCAAAGACCAACACCAGAAGAACUAGAACAACGCAAUAUAUUGCAACCUAAAAAUGAAGCUGAUCGUCAGGCAGAAAAACGAGAAAUUAAACGUCGGCUCACUAGAAAGCUCAGUCAAAGGCCAACUGUGGCUGAACUCCUUGCCAGGAAGAUUCUGAGGUUUAAUGAAUAUGUAGAGGUAACAGAUGCUCAAGAUUAUGACCGGCGAGCCGACAAACCUUGGACCAAACUGACCCCUGCUGAUAAGGUACCUGGAAAGCGCUCUCUUGCUCUUUUUCUCUUUCUCUUUUUCUCUUUAUUUGGAGGAUCCAAGAUGCUAACUAGAAGGGAGAACCAUAAACAAAACUUUAGUUUUAAUAUAAUAUUAAAUUUCAAAUCACGAUACAAAAUGCCAAGUUGA